AUGAGACGUCGUCAAGUGCACACUGCGUUUUCAUCCGUGGCGGCCACGUCGCGGGCAGUGCUGUGCGUGGUGGCCGUUCUACUUUGCUGGGCAUCGUCCAUCGCCUACGGCUUCAGCCUUUCCGUUGUGCAUGACCUCGGCUUAGAGUACUCGCAGGGGGAUACCAUCCACGUCCUGGCCAGCACCGUCACCUCGCGCUCAAAGAUCGUGCCGCUUCGCUGGCGCAACGUGUUUCCGUGCUCAGCGCCACUGAGCAAAGACACACAACCGCCAUUGCAUCGCAGUAUUGGCCAGGUGCUGAUGAGUGACAUGCUGGAGGACUCGGGGAUUCAGCUAAAAGUGCUGAGCGACAGGAAAUGCGCUCUUAUCUGCUCUGCAAGUUUGAACCCGCUCGAGAGGGAACGAUAUGAGAAGCGCAUCUUGAGCCGCUACCGGGCGCACCUGGUACUGGAUGGGCUUCCAGCGCUGGAGGCAACGCCGGUGGAUAGCAAUCGCCAUCGCAUCCGCAUGGGCUUUCCGCUUGGCAACUUCUCCAGGGGCGGACCAAAGGGGAGUGUCGAGGUGUACAACCACGUUCACUUCAUCGUCUCCUAUUACCUCAUCUCCUCGACGGAGCCACCGACGGUGCGCAUUGUGAAGUUCGAGGUGGAGCCCCGCAGUGUGUCUCACAGCGGCGAGCUCGGUAAGGACGACACCUGCGCCUUUCCCGCCGUGCCCAACCCGCAGAUCACGUCGAUGGAGGGUAUCCGCUUCAGCUACUCCGUCACGUGGACGCUGUCGACGACGCCGUGGAAGACGCGCUGGGACAACUACGUCGACCACGAUUCACACGAGUCGAGGGUGCACUGGUACUCCAUCUUGAGCGUCUUCUUGUUGGUGCUGCUGCAGUCGAUGUUCCUGUGGUACAUCCUCGUGCGGUCUGUGCGGCGCGACAUCUUAUCCUACAACGAGGAAGACUUGCUGGGUGAUCGUGAGGACAUCGGCUGGAAGCUUGUCCACGGGGAUGUGUUCCGGCCGCCGCGCAGGGCUGUCCUUCUCUCCGUACUCGUCGGCACCGGCAUGCAGGUCAUGUGCAUGACGGUCGCCUCACUGUUUUUCGCCGUGGUUGGCAUGGUUUCGCACAGCUCCCGCGGUAUGCUGCUAUCGCUGCUCGUGACGUUCUUUGUGUUCUUUUCCAGCGUCAAUGGGGUGGUGACGGCGACCCUCCUUAAGUUCUUUAGGCGACGCUCGUGGCAGGCCAUCUCACUCACGUCCAUCGCGCUGCCGGGGUUCCUCUUUGCGGCGUACUUGGCUCUCAACUUCAUACACCUCGGCUCCCACGCGGCGAGCACGCUGCCUUUCGCCUCUCUCCUCUACCUGCUGGCGCUGUGGCUGUGUGUCUCGGUGCCUCUCUGCUUCGGCGGCGCUGUGGCCGGCUUCAGCACCAACAUCGCGAUCCCGGUGAAGAUCAAUGCAAUUCCCCGCACGAUCCCGCCGCAGCCCUGGUACUUGAAGGGUGUGCUCUCCUACAUGGCUUUCGGCAUUGUGCCGUUGGCGGCGUCCUACGUCGAGUUGCAGUCCAUCUUCAGCAGUGUCUGGCUCGGCACUGUGUACCGCAUGUUCUCCUUCCUCAUUGUCGCCUUUCUGCUGAUACUGGUCAUCGUGGCACAAGUGUCCAUCUUCUUAACCUACUACCAGCUGAGCCUCCUCAACUACCACUGGUGGUGGCGCUCCUUCUUUGCGUCGGCGUCAUACGGAGCGUGGAUGAUGCUGUACUGCGUCGUGUACUACUGGUUCAUCUCCAUCGUAAAGGGCUUCCUCGGGAUGGUGCUGUUCUUUGGGUAUAUGGGGCUGGUUUGUGUGUCCGUGUCGCUUAUGUUUGGCGCCGUUGGCUUCCUCGCGUCCCUGGUAUUUGUCCGCAUCAUGUUUGCGAGUGUGAAGGUGGAUUAG